UCUUCUCCAGAGUUCUUUGAUGAUUACCUUGAACUCUUUAUCAGGUUUAGAUUUCCUGUCUCCAUUUCAGUUAAUUCGUCUGCGAUUUUAUCUUGUUCACUUAUUUGGAACGUAUUCCUUCCUGCUCCAUUAUUCCUGAUUUGCUGUUUUUGUUUCUGUAUAUUUGGUAGGCUAGUUGUGUUUUCCAGCCUUAGAGAAGCAGCCUUUUUUAGAUGACCUUUGCAUGUCAGCAACACACUUUUUCUGGUCACCAGACUUACAUGCUCUAGGGAUGCUUCUUAUGUGGGCUGCAUGGGCCCUCCUGUGCCAGCUGACUACUGUGGGGCGUCUGGUUGGUUGCCAGGCCCCACCUGGUGUGCUGGCUGCUGUGGGGUGGGGUUGGGUCACGAGGCUGCGGGCUGUGUGGCCCUGGGGUCCCUUGACCUGGUGCUGGCCCACUCGUGGGUGGAGCUGAGUUCUGGAAUAGGUGGUUGCACAUAGGGAUUCCACAUCUAGUAUUGGCCUGCUGAUGGGCAGGGCUGGCUCUUGACAUGAUUGGCUGUGGGGUCAGGGAUGUCGCAAAGCUGGUGUCAGCCUAAUGGUGAGUGGGGCCAGAUCCUAGCAGCUGGUUGAGAGCACAAGCUGCUCCAGAGCUGCUGUUGGCCCACUGGUGGGUCAACAGGAUCCCCAGGCUGGUGCCUGCCCUCUGGUGGGAGAACUGGGUCCUGGGUUAGCACCAUCCUACUGGUGGGUGGAGACAGGCCUGGAGUCUCUGGUUGCAGGGCCCUGGAGGUCCUAGAGUUGGGGUCAGCCCACUGGUGGCCAGGGCCCAGGGGGCCUUGGACUGGUGCCUCCCCACUCCCCAGUGAGUGAAGCCGGCCCCCAGGCUGUUACAGGUCCACUGAUACGCGGAGCCGGGUACUGGGGAUCCUGGGCCUACUGUGAGCGUGCUGGAGUGGGGGCUGGGUCUCGGGUUCUCAGGUGGACAGGGCUAGGUCCGGGUUACCUAUGGGCUCACGGGGUCUUUAGGUGGCAGGCCUGGGGUUUACAUCCCAGCAGUAAUAAGCUGGAGAGGGAAUUCCACAGUGGCGUUGGCCAGUGCCAGUGUCCUCAUGGUGGAACAAGCGUCCCACAGUGGCCAUCACCGGUGUCCCAUGUCGUCAGGGUGAGCUCCAGUUGCCUCCUGCCUCCUCAGGAACCUCUCCAAGAUCAGCAGAUGGGUCUGACCCAGGAUUUUUUCAAAUGGCUUCUUCUGCCCUGGGUCCUGGAGUGUGUGGAGAUUUGUGUGUGCUCUUUAUUUCCCACAGCCCUGGUUCUCCUAAAACUCGCGCUGAAAGGCUCUAGCUACAGCGGAUUGCUUGAGCGACAUCAUAUUCACACCAAAAAUGUAGAGCACAUUCUUGAUAGUUUACGGAAUGAGGGAAUUGAGGUUCGUCUCGUAAAGAGGAGAGAAUAUGAUGAGGAAACUGUUCGAUGGGCAGAUGCUGUCAUAGCUGCAGGAGGGGAUGGCACAAUGCUUUUGGCAGCAAGUAAAGUCUUGGACAGACUUAAACCAGUUAUUGGUGUAAACACCGACCCAGAACGGUCUGAGGGUCAUUUAUGUCUUCCUGUUCGAUAUACGCAUUCCUUCCCAGAAGCCUUACAGAAGUUCUAUCGUGGUGAGUUCAGGUGGUUGUGGAGGCAGCGAAUUAGGUUAUAUCUUGAAGGGACUGGCAUCAACCCUGUUCCUGUGGACCUCCAUGAACAGCAGCUGAGUUUGAAUCAGCAUAGUAGAGCCUUCAACAUUGAAAGAGUUCAUGAUGAAAAGUUUGAGGCUUCUGGACCCCAGCUUUUGCCAGUGAGAGCACUAAAUGAAGUCUUCAUUGGGGAGAGUUUAUCAUCCAGAAUGUCUUAUUCUUGGGCUGUAGCAGUGGACAAUUUAAGAAGAAGUAUACCCACUCUAAAGGGACUGGCUUCCUACUACGAGAUUUCAGUUGAUGAUGGUCCAUGGGAAAAGCAGAAGAGCUCUGGGCUCAAUUUGUGUACUGGAACAGGAUCAAAGGCCUGGUCAUUCAAUAUUAACAGAGUGGCACCUCAGGCUGUGGAAGAUGUUCUAAAUAUUGCAAACCGACAAGGAAAUUUAAGUCUUCCGUUGAACAGAGAAUUGGUAGAGAAAGUAACAAACGAAUAUAAUGAAUCACUGCUCUACAGUCCAGAAGAACCAAAAAUACUUUUCAGUAUUCGAGAACCAAUAGCAAACAGAAUUUUCUCAAGCAGUCGUCAGCGUUGUUUCACCUCAAAGGUGUGUGUGCGUUCUCGGUGUUGGGAUGCAUGCAUGGUUGUGGAUGGAGGAACUUCCUUUGAGUUUAAUGACGGAGCCAUUGCUUCAAUGUUGAUCGAGAAAGAAGACGAGCUUCGAACUGUGCUUCUAGAGCAGUGAAGGAUUGCCUCAGAUGACAAUUUUGAUUGCCAGAGAAAGUUUUACUGCAGAAAACAGCCUACCAGUCAUAAAGCUAGUUUUUGGUUGGCCUUGGGCCGAAAGGUGACCAAGAAAGUGAGAUUUGCAUUAUUCUUCUGAUGGAUUCUGAUGGAAAAGAUGUUCACUAUGUAAGAAAAUGGAGGACUAAACUGAUUAGAAUUCAAAACAGUGAAAUUUUGAUACUGCUUACAAUUGGUUUCCAAGAGUGCUGGUAUCUUUAUAAAUUUAGAGAGGUAGGCUCAAAUAAAAGAUUUAAUGUUUAGGAUUUGAAAUUUAACUGUACAAGUUUUUUUUUUUUUCCCUUUUCCUCCUCACUUUGUGGAAUUGGUCAGACCAAACACAUCUCAUUUGAUUAGUAUUUUUUUAUAGUACGUAAAGAUCAAGAUUUUUUUAAAAACUUUGAUGGAGAAUUUUGAUAAAUCCUGAUAUUGACCUAAUUGAAAUAGGUAAAUGUGUUUUUAUAUAUCUGCCAAGAGUUUUCUAAUUUCAGAACACAAUAAUAUUGUUAUGACUAUUGAUUUAAAAAGUUCAAUCAUUUUUGAAAUUAUUUAUAGAUGUUUUCAUUUAAUUGACUAUCAGGUUAAUUUUGACAAUGCUGGGUGAAAUAUACAUGGACAAAAUCAUGGCACUAUUACAAAUGUAUUAAUUAGACAAUAAUUAUUUUAGGUCUUUGGUAAUUUUUUUUAAUGAUUUGAGGCUGAUAAAGUUCUUCCAUAUUUAAAACUCUCUAACAUGGAUUUAAAGACUAAAAGGAUGAACUGAUGAGGCACACUCUAUUAUGAGUUUGGUAAAACCUAUACAGAUUUUCAGCUAGCGUUAGGAGUAUUGUCAGAAAGAAAAUGGAUUGUUUAAUAAAUAUGCAAAACAUUUUAGUUUUGUAAUUGCCUUACUUAUUAUCAUGGUAGUUUUCACCUAGCUCAUAUUCCAAGUUUUACACAUUAGGUUUGGAGGAUAAAAUGUUGUGGCUUUUCUUUUUUUCCCAUUAUGACAGUUUCUUUACCUAAUGCCCAAUUUACUUAUAAAUAAUCCUAGAAUUAUCACAAAAAGUUCCUGUUGCUGCAUCAUGAGACAAUUGGUAUUCUUAUUCCAAUUAUUCAAAGUUGUAUUUUUUUUCCACUUGCUGUUAAAAAUUUGUCUUCAAUCACUGAAAUAUUUACUGAACACCGACUCUGCCAUGUACUGUGUCAGGCGCUGGAUGUACACUGGUGAUCUGAACAGCCACUAUCCUGAUAGAACUGAAUCUGGUGAGCUCAGUAGAUUCUGGGAAAACUAGGAUGUGUAAUCAAACCGAGUGCUCUUAGGUUUGGCAACAUUUAUCAUGUUCUUGUCAGAUUUUUAAAGUAAUAUUAUUAUACAAAGAUAACCUUAGGUUUUGAUGUAUAUCCAGAACAAGAAUUUGUUUUUCUUAGUUGAGAGUAACUGCAUAGAUACUACUCGCAAGGAGUUUACAUGAUGCAUACAAUAAAAAUUGGUGUUUUCCCAGAGAUGGAUGUAGUUUCUGAUUUGAUUUAAUAAUGAUAUACUUAAGAUACCACUUUAUAAAGAAGUGAAAUUCCACACUAUAGAAACUCCCUAACAGAUUUAAAAUACCUUUUUGAUAAAAAUACCAACUCCAUCUUUAAUAUCAAGGAAAUCUGAUUGUCCAAAAUGGUACAUAGAUCUGUUUAAUAUGUAACAUAUUAAUAGGUAACCUGCUAUGUAAAAUUGUUUAUAAGCCAUAUUUUAGAGGUUUAAAAACUACUUAAUGUGUUCCGUUGGUGAUAUAACCUCUAACAUUUCUGACCUGUUGUGGGAUUUAUUUGUAAGAGAUGAUGAGAGGUAAAGGUUGUUAGAAUAGCAAAAAUGUUUUUAUGAAUGAGUUCCUUUUAAUGGCAACAUGUGAAUAAAAGUAAACCAUUAUCUUUUC